CUGUGCUCCAAGGAUGGGUCCCGAGAGCUUGGGGAGCCUCCCCCCACACUGCCCACGGUGGGUACAAAUCUAACUGACCUUCUGAUCCAGAAGAAGAUCACGAUUCGGGAGUUAGGGGGCUGCAUGGGCCCUAUCUGGCCUAGUUACUAUGGAGACUGCAGCGCUGUCCUGUUCAUGAUUGAUGCGGCUAACCCCACCCAGAUCUCUUCAUCCUGCGUCCAGCUCCUGUCGCUCCUCUCCGCAGAGCAGCUUGCCUCGGCAUCCGUCCUGAUCCUGUUCAAUAAGAUCGACCUGCCCUGCUACAUGUCCCUGGUGGAGAUGAAAUCGCUGUUCCGGAUUCAAGAUAUCAUUUCCUGUGCUAACCAGCCCAUCACUGUGGUGGAGACCAGCGCCCGUGAUGGCACCGGGCUGCCCGAUGUGCUGCAAUGGCUUCGCUCCACCCUCAAGGAGCCCAGUUGAAUUUGCUGUGUCCAGCUUUGGUGUUUCCUGCCAGCUGACGGGGGCUGACUCUGACUCCGACUCCAGGCAGCUCACACCGACUCUGUCACCAAGACUAGGAUCCAGGAGCGGUAGAGGUGGCUGAGCAGCAGUCUCAUCAGCCCUCCACCUGGGAAUGAGAGCGGGGGGAGGGGGGGGAGCAGCAGGACUGAGUGUGCCCCCAGCAGGUUGGUGGGAGCAGUGGAGCUGCCUCAGACUUUUGGUACCUUGAAUUGCAAAGUAAACUGUGAACUCAGGACUUUCUCCCAUUCGUUCCAGACUGUCGGUCAGCCUGCUUGCCCCCGGGGCAGGAGGAACUUACUGCUGGGGGGCGGGGAUGUGCAGAGACCACAGCCUCGUGUUUACUAGGGUACCUUUGCCCCGUGACUCCCCUGUCCUUGGCAGCCUUGCUGAUGGAGUGCCCCGCCCCACCCUUUCCGCUUUGACUGCUGGCCCUCUGCUGCUCCUAGGCUAGGAGGUAAUGGGCCUGCCCACUGGAGCCCAUCUGCAGGCAGGAGCUCUGUGGAGGGGUUUGUUGGUAAUUAAACAUUGCUAUCAGUUUA